AUCACCGGCGCUCGCAGGCACACCUCGAGACCUAACCAGUAUACAGGGAUCGACGAUCCGUGCCAUGGACACCGACGACUGGCUGCCCAUGCAGGGGUCCAACCUCCCCGCCGUUGUCGACCCCAACUCCCCCGACUGGCGCGCCCACCUUCAGCCCGAGACGCGCAGCAGGAUCGUCAGUAGGAUAGUGGAAACUCUAAAGAAGCAUCCGCCAGUAUCAGGGCCAGUGGGGUUGACCGAACUUCAAAGAGACGCUGUGCGAUUCGAAGAGGAGAUCUAUACCGCAGCUACCAACCAGUCUUAUUAUUGGCGGGAGAUCUCUCUGAAAAUGCUCUCUAUGGAGACAAAGACAGCACAGGCUCCUGGAAAUGCUCAUAUGAUUCUAAAUCAAAACAACCCUGGUCAAGCAUCUGAGAACAAUAUUGCUCAAACAGGCCAUGCAGGUGUAGGUGAUUGGCAAGAGGAGAUAUAUCAAAUGAUUUGUAUGCUUCCAGUAGGUACUUGAAAUAUGUGUGUGUGGUGCUGGUUGUCGACAGAUUAAGGGCUUGAAGGGAAUAUACUUCGCAGAACUCAGUGAAUUGUUCAAUAAGAUCUCUCUGAAGCUACAAUAUGUUGAAAGCACGAUACCACCCCAAGAGCCAUCUGAGCAGUAUGAAAGAAUGAAGAGAUUUAAAAUAAUAUUGGAGCGUAUAUUACAAAUUUUGCAUAUUAGCAAGAGUGCUGUCCAACCUGCUCUGAGGGACAAUCUUCCACAAUACGAGAAACAGAUCAUUCAUAUCUUGAAUUCAGUAAGAAGGAAGCCAGUGCAACCACAAGUAUAGCAACAGUUCCAGCCACCUGCAUCAGGACAACAAGCUCCUAAUUCUGUCAUUUUGCAGCAACAACAGGCUUCCCAGAGUUUGCAGCAGCGUUAUAAUCAUACUAAUCCUCAAGCAAGUUCGCAGCAGAGUUUGCAUUCGUGCCUUGCACGUGUAUAUCUCCCAAAUCGCCAAUAUGAGUUGGACGCCACGUUGCGUAGCUUAGGAACCGGGAGACUUUCAAUCGCUUCUAAUAACAGAGCAAUCUACUAUGACCAA